GAGAUGGAGAACAGGACAGAAGUGACACAGUUCAUCCUGCUGGGACUAACCAGUGUCCCAGAACUGCAGGCACCUCUCUGUGUGCUGUUCACUAUCAUCUACCUCAUCAAUGUGGUGGGAAACCUGGGGAUGAUUGUGUUGAUUCUCUUGGACUCACGUCUUCACACCCCCAUGUACUUUUUUCUCAGUAACUUGUCUUUGGUGGAUAUUGGGUACUCCUCAGCUGUCACUCCAACAGUCUUGGCUGAAUUCUUAAGAAAAGACAAAAUUAUUUCCUACAAUGCUUGUGCUACUCAAAUGUUCUUUUUUGCAGCCUUUGCCACCAUGGAAGAUUUUAUUUUGGCUUUAAUGGCUUUUGACCGCUAUACAGCAGUGUGUAAACCCCUCCAUUACACAAACACCAUGACGACAAGUGUGUGUUCCUGUCUGGUUAUAGGCUGUUAUGUCUGUGGUUUCCUGAAUGCCUCCAUCCAUAUUGGGGAGACAUUCAGUCUCUCUUUCUGUAGGUCCAAUGUGGUCCAUCACUUUUUUUGUGAUGUGCCAGCAGUCAUGGCUCUGUCUUGCUCUGACCGACAUGCUAAUGAGCUGGUCCUUGUUUAUGUUGCCAGCUUCAAUGUCUUUUUUGCUAUCCUUGUUAUCUCGAUAUCUUAUAUGUUCAUUUUUAUCACCAUCCUAAAGAUGCGCUCAGCUGCAGGGUACCAGAAAGCUUUAUCCACCUGUGCUUCUCACUUCACUGCAGUCUCCCUUUUCUAUGGGACUAUUAUCUUCAUGUACUUACAGCCCAGCUCCAAUCAUUCCAUGGACACAGACAAAAUCGCAUCUGUGUUCUACACUAUGGUCAUCCCCAUGCUGAACCCUGUAGUCUACAGCCUGAGGAAUAAGGAGGUGAAGAAAGCAUUCAAAAGAAUUGUUUUGGAGGUAAAAUUGUCUUUCUGUGUUUAA